AUGGAGAACCGGCGUCAAACUCGCCAGGCCUCUCGCUUACAAGAUGUACUUUCGGCUCGCCGGUAUAUCUCAGCCGACCGAGGCGCCUCGGUGGAGCCGGAGCCCGUGUCUAACGUUGUGGCAGUUCCUAGCGAGGGACACGAGAAGAUCAUUUCGUCGCCCGCAGUUCAGAGCUCGGAGUCCCCCACGGAAAAAGCUAAUCAGGAUCCCCCCUCAGACAGUAUGCCAAAGGUGCUAUCUCGAUUGCAUGUGCGAAGAAGUGCGGGGAGACCUAGAAUGGAUGCUAGCAGUGGUGGGGCUGUUCUGUCAGAGGAUCGUCGAGAUCAGAUCCGACGCGCUCAACGAACCUACAGACUCAAAAAAGAAGCCGCUCUUGAGAAGGCCAAGGAACGUGCAGCAGGUCUGGAGGACAGGCUUACUAUGGUUGCUACCGCAGUCGCUGACUAUAAAGCUGCGUUUCCGUCCGAGAUAAAAUCGAGCUAUCCUGCGCUCGUUAGACACCUCGAUUGCAUAAGUGAUCUUUUGGCAUCAACUUCUGAACGCCUUACACACCCAAGGACACAGACUAGUACCCCCUCAAGUGUUGAUUCUGAUAAGGAUACUUCACAACAUAACGCCAUGUACAAUGACCCUGCUAUUAAAGAUACUCCUAAGAUAGAUUGUGGCUGCUUGGAGGAUUUUCAACAUAAGAAGCAUAAGGAGUCUGCGGUAGGCUCCGUGAAGAAGAGAUCUCGACAUGUGUCUUUCAGUGAUGAACUGGAAGAUAAAUCGCAUAGCCGUUCAACACGAAUUCAGCACAUCGCACGACUACACAGCAAAGACACUCAUUACACAUACUCGUUCCAAGAAAAAGAUUUCUGCCGGAGACUCCAGCGUUACAGCCUGGAGUACGCCUUUCGGUUGUUCACUGACGCACGAUCCCACCCGCUUGAGGUUUACAGAGUAUUCAGAUUGGUUCCCUGCAUACAAGACCGGACGCAGAUGUACCCGUACUUCCGGAAACUUGUCAGUGCCGGAGCAAAAGAUGCAUUGGAGAUACCAAACCUUCCGCUCUAUUCUAUCGGGGGAGUUGGAACACAUUACCCCAGGAAAGAUCCUUUGGGAAACCCCAUAUAUCCUACUAAUACGAGGACCCCUAAACGAGUCCUCGGACUGUUCCAGCCUCUAGGAGGGAUGGGCGAAGUUGGCCAACAGCCAGAUCAUCAGAAAUUCUUAGAAGUUUGCGGAUAUGGCGGUGAAUGGUUUGAUUGCAGAGAUGUGGAGGGAUUCCUAAGAGAACAAGGGGUGGAUCUGGAUGCGUCUUCUCUCUUCCCUUCCGUACAUGAUCAACGGAGUAGUCAGAUAUCGCAGUCAACUGAAACACACGGACAAGCUGGAGAUAUGGACGCUUACCAGUCGAUAAAUGAUUUUGACUCCCACUCUCACGAAGAAACCGAUAUCGCGACUUUCUCUGCGUGCCUCAAAAGUCGUAUGCUCGAUAUUGAACAGUUUCUUAGCAUGCUACUCCGCGGGGUUGUUAUCCUCGGCCGGGCGCCCAGUUUCAGACGGACUGAUGUCGAAGCAGCCUUCAAAACUGCAUUGAUGAUACACCGAUAA